AUGGAGUGGAACAAAAUUUCUCAAGCAUUCCACAAAGUGUAUUUCCCUCCUGAAAAAACUGAAAAGAUUCGACAUCAAAUAUCAACAUUUUCUCAAGAGUCGGGGGAAUCUCUUAGGGAAGCAUGGGAUAGAUUCUUAGAUCUUCAACGAUCAUGCCCGCAUCACAAUUUAGAAAAGUGGAAUCUUGUUUGUAUUUUCUAUAACGGACUAGAACCCGAGACUAAAUGUAUUAUUGAUUCUGCCGUAGGUGGUGUUUUCCUUGACAAGACAAUAGAGGAAGGGUAUGAUUUUCUUACAAAUCUUGCACCCAAUCAUUUCUCUUCUCCAAGAACGCGAGUAAAGAAAGGGAAGAUGGAAGUUGAAGCCUAUUCAAUCUUGACUUCUCAGCUGACUCAAUUAACUGCAAAGAUUGAUGCAUUACAGGCCACUCAGGACUCCUCUCUUGGUCACUUUGGAUAUCAAUGUGCUCAAAAUUCUCAAGAUACCAAUCAGAUAGAGCAGCAACAGUUGUCACAGCCUCAGAACCCCCAGCCUCAACAAUAUGCUGCUAGGCCUCCACUCAAUCAACAAGGAGCCUCUCAUCAUGCUCCUUCAGGGUUUAAUACACCACCUCAACAACCUACUCAUGGAAAUGCUAGAACUCAAGACCCGACUAUGUUUGACCUUAUAAGAAUGAUGACAUCCAUGAUGCAAAACACUGAAGAUAGCAUCAAGGAGUUGAAAAAUACGACAAAGAAUUUGGAGAACCAAAUCGCACAAGUCGUAGGUACCAAUAUCCAAAGACAACCUGGCCACUUACCAGGAUAG